AUGUUCGUCAAAGCAUGGGCUCACACGUGCAAACAAGAGAACAAAGUCGUCGCCCCUCUACCGGAGGCUCUAACUCCGUCUCUCGAUCGGUCGUUGAUCAAAGAUACAACCGGACUCGAUGAACAGAUGCUCAACAUCGUGAGAUCUCUGAACGACGGCGGCAGAAUCGCCGGGAGCAUAAGAAACCUGAGUUCUAUUCCCGCCUGGGAUCGAGGAGACGACGGCGUCUUCGCCACGCUCGUGCUGUCGCGCGGCGACGUCGAGAAGCUCCGGGAGCGAGUCAAGAACGAGUCGCCAGAUCCGAGUGAGCUUCUUCACCUGUCGACUUUGGUCGUCGCCUACGCUUACGUGUGGACGUGCCUCGUGAAGGCGCGCGGAGGAGACAUGGAGAGGCCCGUGAGUCUCCUCUUCGUCGCGGAUUUCAGAGAGCGGCUCCAUCCGCCGCUUCCGGCGACUUACUUCGGGAACUGCAUGUUUCUAGUGGACAAACGACGUCGUUUGUCUUUAAUCCGACAAAGUGAUGAAACGACGUCGUAUAGUUUAACACCCAAAAUUAACGUCCGCUUAUUUAACAGUUAA